AUAAAUUUUAUAUAAUAUGUACAUAAUUCAUACGCAAAAUUAUAUAUUAAUUAUACGUAAUUUUAUUUUGAACGUCUGCCGGCAAAAACCGGCAAACCGUCGAAACUCUGAUGCGACUAUCUGUAGAGGGUAGAAAAAAAAAUUAUGGCCGUCGUGCUUACACGGCCAUCUUUUUCAAGUUGUUGAAGUACUACUUACUAUUGGGGGGGGGGGGGGCGCGUUACUCGUCGAUACGACGUAUAGAAAAAGAUUUGAUGCGAACAUCUCUUACAUCAUAAAAAAAAAAAAAAAAAAAAAACCCCGGUUUAUAUUAGGAUCACCUGCAUGGGAUUAUCUAUUUUUGUCUGUGUUUACAGCUCCUUCAAAAAAACACAUCUCGGUCCUUUCUCUACUUUUUGUUUUUUUAAUAACUCAAAGCAAUUUUUGAAGCGGUCGCAUCGGCUGUAGCGUUUAAGACUGACUGUUUAAGCUUCGGUGGCUAAUACUUUUUGAAAAAAAAACACUUAAGUGAGAAAGGAUUACACGUGAUAUUGAACCUUCUGCUAGAGUGAACGCAUAAACGAUGCUUUCCUACGCAUGCUUCACAGUACGCAUCUCGUCACGACUGCGGAGGAGGGGGAAUUAGAAUAUAUAACAGAGCAAAAGAUUGAUGAACUCCGGAAUAAUUCCCACAGUUUAAACAGUUUCGUGUAAUCACGGAAAUAAUUAGAUAUUUUUGCGAGAUUAAACUACAUACUUUCGGUUUAAAAAAAAAAAAAAAAAAAAAAAUAGUGAAUUUUUAACGGAGAUAAUAAAUCAAUUGUCAUAGUAGUUAAGGAAGAAGAAAUCUCUGUAGGGAACAAGGCGCGCCGCGUGUAGUGCUUCGUAGAUUAACGAAUACAAUUUUUGUAUGAUUGACGGAUUUUUAUGCGUAUAUUUCCGACUUCAAACUAUAUAUAUUUACUAUAAAAAAAAAAAUAAAUAAAAAAAAUAAAAAAACACCCGAAGCGUAAUAUAUCUUGAUCCGAUAUCAAGUGUGCGAGUGCUUACGUGCUUUCGAACUUGCGCAUGUACUACUUUUUAAGUUUUAAUACAUUUAUACGACGUGUACAAGCCAAGCCAUCAAUCGUCUAAGCAAGGUUUUUGAGAGAAGAAGCUUAGUAAUAUGAUAUUUUUUAAUUCAGAAGUGCCUUUUCUAUGUAUUAUCUGCGAAUUUAUUAGAAAAUAUCUCUAAGCAGAUCUCUCUCUCUCUCUCUCUCUUUCUCGGUCUGCGAAUUAAGCGUCAGUCCUCUCGCUUGAUAUGAGCAAAGCUACAAAUGUAGAAAAUUGAUCAAGAAAAGAAAUCGCUUUUUUAUUGACAUCUCUCUCUCUCUCUCUCUCUCUCUCAUCCUCUUUCUAUCUUCUAGUGAAGCUAUUUUUUUCGUUUCAACGUUCACUCUAGUGUGUCGCAAGUUUGAGAUUUAUUAGCGCGAAUUUUACAGAUUUGUUAUUUCUAGCUGCACUUUCUCUUUAUGUAAAAUUGAUCUCUCUCUCUCUCUCUCUUUCGUUUUACACAUCUUUCCGCACAAGAUUGUAUUAAGCUCUAUGAAUUCUACGUCUCUGAUUAAAAAAAAAAAAAAAAGAAAUAUUUGUUUUUUAUUCGUGUAUAUGUUACAUAUUCAGUGUAUACGUCAUGUUACGUAUUCAGAUAUUCAUAACGAAUUUGUUAUCUGUCUUUUUUUUUUUACUCAAAAUAUCUCAUGCAGAACAAUUUUAGAAACAAUGCGACGACUUAAUAAGAUAGGUUUGAUUUUCAUCUUUUAUCGCAUUGUGUAUAAAAAUAUGAAAAAAAGUAGAAAAGUGCAGCUAGAGAGCGGAUAGAAGUAAUUUAUCUUAACAAUCUCUCUAUAUAUACAUAUGACAUAAAAAAAAAACAAAAGUCGACGGAGCGUAACACAGAAAAUGGAGGAUCUUGCUGAACGUUCGCUGCGGCUCGCGCGCAAGCCACGAUGCUGCUUGCGGUGAUCGUUGCUCUAAUACCGUGUGUCUGUCGGAUCUUCCCGGUGAGAAGCGGAAGCGCCGGGGCGGCGUCAAACGAGACCGACGAGGAAGUCGCGGUGCGCAUCGUCGGCGGCGAGAUCACCAGCAUCAAGAAUUAUCCCUUCAUCGUCUCGAUACAGCGUCGAUACUCUAGCCACUCGUGCGGAGGCACUUAUGUUGCGCCUAGGUUUGUCCUGUCGGCCGCCCAUUGCAUGGUCAGACCGUUGCUCGACGGCACGUGGAUAGCGGAGAACCCAAGACAGUACUACGUGAUCGCCGGCGCAACGUACGUGUAUUUACCAAGCUGGGGUUCCAUGCAAAUAGAAUUGAUAGACAAGACAUUGCCGCACGCGGAGUUUCGAUUCUCGGACAUGCAAAACGAUAUUGGAUUGUUCAGGCUGAAGAGGCCUCUUCCUAAAAGCGCGCACAUCCAAUACGUCACGAUUCCCUCGCAAUACAUUGCGAAUCUGUUCGAUGUGUACACGCGGGAUUGUCACGCGGUAGGAUGGGGUCGACACAUACCUGACUCGAACCAAGGAAGUGGUACGUACUUGCGUCACGUUCGGAUUCCAUUGGUUCGUCCCGAAGACUGUCCUAUGCCAAAUGUGCACAGAGAAAAACAAUUAUGCGCAGGCGUCCAGGAAGGUGGUCGCGACGCUUGUCAGGGCGAUAGCGGCGGGCCGUUGGUGUGCAACGGAACGCAGGUCGCUAUUGUUUCCUGGGGCAUGGGAUGUGCCGUUCCGAAUUCUCCAGGUGUUUAUUCGCGCGUGGAUUUUUAUCUGAAAUGGAUAAACGAGACCCUUGUUCGAAAUGGAGCUUCAAAAUACUCAGCGUUGCAGCACGGUGACGCCGGUUAUCUCAACGCCGUAUUGGCCGUACUUAUCAGUGUAACGUAUUAUUUCUCACAUUGCAAAAAUAUAAGAUAAAGCAAAAUAUAAUCAGUUAAAGUGUUAUCACUUAUAUCGCAUACAUUUUAAUAGACUUAUAUUGUACACGUUUAAAAUAGAAAUGAUUAAGUUCGCUAAAGACUUUGUGUGUGUGUCUUAAAUAAGAGAUAUAUAUUACACUCUUCUAGUGAGAUCAAGGAUUUUCGCAAUCCUAUGGAUUGUAUCGUUGCUUUAUAAAUAGUUUGUAUAAAUUAUUAUAUUUGUUUUAAACUAUUACUUCUAAGUAUACACUAGAAAAAGUGUCUAUGAAAAAU